AUGGAUAACAGCAGCAACGAGUGUCCUUUUAUGCCUCUGAAUGCCACCAAGAUUUUCAAAAUUCCCAUGUAUUCCGUAAUACUAGCAUUUGGCCUGCCCCUGAAUAUCUUGGCGUUUGGGGCGUUGAUCUACCAGUUGAAGAAAUCUGUGGUCCUUUCCGUUUAUAUUAUGAAUUUGGUAGUGGCUCAUCUCUUGCAGAUCUUAACUCUGCCUUUCUGGAUGCAUUACAGCCACAACAAUCACGAGUGGAACUUGGGAAAAGCAACCUGUCUCUUAGUCGGUGUGGCUUUCCGCUCAAACUUCUAUGCCAAAAACAAUUUUCUGUGUCUCAUCGCCAUGGAGAGGUAUCUCGGCCUGGUGCACCCACUACGGUUUCACCAGACACAGACUGUUCUGGGUGCUGUGAAGAUUAGCAUCCUGGUUUGGCUUCUGGUCUUGACACUCUGCACCAUUGGCAUUGGGUUGCAGAUCCGUACUUUUGAACAUGGGGGGAAGACCUGUGUAGACAGUUCCACCUUGAAUCCUGAUUAUGCGAUGUUUCGGGUCAGUAUUGUGGCUUUCUCCUUCAUCAUCCCGUUCUUUCUCAUGGCUUUUUUCCACAUCAAUGUUCUCUUCAAAGUCAGGCAGGUGGUUUCUCUGGAGAAGAGACUCAAAAAGCAAAUCUCCGGCUUCGUCUCUCUCCUGAUUAUGGUUUUUUUCCUCCUCUUCACUCCGUACCAGGUCAUUUCAUAUUAUAGAUACCUGUUGGAAGUCAUGACACCUUCAGCAGCGGUCUGUGAGUCACUGAGAACUAUCUUCAUCUACGAGCACGCAACUCUGUGCCUUUCCCUCUUGGACAACAUCUUGGAUCCCCUUUUCUAUAACUUUCUCCUCAAAGAUAUGCAGACAAAUUUCAGAAAAUGUCUGUUUCGCAGGAUCAUCAGGAAAGACCUCUCAUCAGAAGUGAGAAUCUCCCGUAUGUUCAGGCAUCAUGAAAACACUGGACCACUUCCGGAUCCUUAA